AUGAAGACACGAUAUCUGGGACAACGUGAAGCGCAGCGGUUGGAUGAGGAACUUAUGAGUAAUCGACACGGGUUUUCUCUUGAUCAAUUGAUGGAAUUAUCAGGUCUUAGUAUCGCUACAGCAGUUGGAAACGAGUAUCCCAGUACUGCAUCAAUGGAGAGAUUUCAACGUGUUCUUAUUGUUACUGGACCAGGAAAUAAUGGAGGUGACGCAUUGGUUGCAGCUCGUCAUUUAGUGCAUUUUGGCUACUUACCAAGUAUUUUAUACCCCAAGCGCAGUUUAAAGCCAUUGUUUCAGGGACUUGUGACUCAAUGUGAGCAACUGAAGAUUCCGUUUAUUGAAGACAUUCAGGACCCUUCGAGUGUGGAUGCGUCGUACGACUUGAUUCUGGAUGGGAUUUUUGGAUUUAGCUUUUCUGGACGCAUUCGCCCACCGUUUGAUCAUGUUGUCAGGACACUGCAAAAGUGUGAAACACCAAUUGUCUCGAUUGAUAUUCCAUCAGGGUGGCAUGUUGAGCAUGGAAAUGAAGGCGGUGUUGGCUUGGAACCACAGAUGUUGAUUUCUCUGACAGCACCAAAAGUCUGCGCAAAGUACUUUACCGGAACUGGCAAGUCCCACUACGUUGGCGGACGGUUUGUGCCAAAGUCGUUAGCGGAAGAGCUCAAUCUUGAGCUGCCAGAAUACCCUGGUGUAGAGCCCCAAGAGCUUCCAUUUUCUCUGUGUCAAGUCUUCAAUUCAAUACAGACUGAGAUGUAUGUUUUCUGGUGGUGUGUCAAGGCUGUAUGCAAGCAUGUGUGA